CGGCCUGGGGACCCCGGGCUCCGGAGGCCAUGCCGGCGUUGGCGCGCGCUGGCGGCCGGCUGCCGCUGCUCGUUGUCUUCUCAGUCAUGAUAUUUGAGUCUAUUACACAUCAAGAUCUGCCUGUGAUCAAGUGUGUUUUAAUCAGUCAUAAAAGCAAUGAUUCAUCUGUGGGGAAGCCAUCAUCAAAUCCCAAGGUGCCAGGAUCCCCAGAAGAUCUAGGGUGUACAUUGAGGCCUGAGCGCACAGGGACAGUGUACGAAGCCGCCACAGUGGAGGUGGAUGCGUCCGCCUCCAUCACUCUGCAAGUGCGGCUCACCACCCCAGGGAACAUUUCUUGUCUCUGGCUCUUUAAACACAGCUCCCUGGGCUGCCAACCACACUUUGAUGUACAAAACAGAGGAGUUGUGUCCAUGGUCAUUUUGAAAAUGACAGAGACCCAAGCUGGGGAAUACCUACUUUUUAUCCAGAGUGAAGCUGCUAAUUAUACAAUAUUGUUUACCGUGAGUAUAAGAAAUACAUUGCUGUAUACAUUAAGAAGACCUUACUUUAGAAAACUGGAAAAUCAGGACGCCCUGGUGUGUGUAUCUGAGAGCGUUCCAGAGCCCAUCGUGGAGUGGGUACUUUGCGAUUCUCAGGGAGAAAGCUGCAAAGAAGAAAGUCCAGCUGUUGUUAAAAAGGAAGAAAAGGUACUACGUGAAUUAUUUGGAAGAGACAUAAGGUGCUGUGCCAGAAAUGAACUGGGCAGAGAAUGUACCAAGCUGUUCACAAUAGAUCUAAAUCAAACUCCACAGACCACAUUGCCCCAAUUGUUCCUGAAAGUGGGGGAGCCCUUAUGGAUAAGAUGCAAAGCGGUUUAUGUGAACCAUGGAUUUGGGCUCUCUUGGGAAUUAGAAAACAAAGCCCUGGACGAGGACAGCUCCUUUGAGAUGAGCACCUAUUCAACCAACAGGACUAUGAUACGGAUUCUGUUUGCUUUUGUGUCAUCAGUGGGAAGAAACGACACCGGAUAUUACACUUGCUCCUCGUCCCAACAUCCCAGCCAGUCAGCUCUGGUUACCAUCCUAGAAAAGGGAUUUAUAAAUGCUACCAAUUCAAGUGAAGAUUAUGUAAUCGACCAGUAUGAAGAAUUUUGUUUCUCUGUCAGGUUUAAAGCAUAUCCACAAAUUCGAUGCACUUGGACCUUUUCUAGAAAAUCAUUUCCUUGUGAGCAAAGUAAUCUAGAAGAUGGAUACAGCAUAUCUAAGUUUUGCAAUCACAAGCACCAGCCAGGAGAAUAUAUAUUCCACGCGGAAAAUGAUGAUGCACAGUUUACCAAGAUGUUCACGCUGAAUAUAAGAAGGAAGCCUCAAGUGCUAGCAGAAGCCUCAGCAAGUCACGCAUCUUGUUCCUCAGAUGGAUACCCCUUACCCUCCUGGACUUGGAAAAAGUGUUCAGACAAGUCUCCCAAUUGCACAGAAGAAAUUACUGAAGGAGUUUGGAAUAAAAAGACGCAUAGAAAAGUAUUUGGACAGUGGAUAACAAGUAGUACGCUCAAUAUGAGUGAGGCUGUAAAGGGGUUUUUGGUCAAGUGCUGUGCAUAUAAUUCAGUGGGCACAUCUUGUGAAACAAUUCUUUUAAACUCACCAGGCCCAUUCCCUUUCAUCCAAGACAAUAUCUCCUUCUAUGCAACUAUUGGCCUUUGUCUUCCCUUCAUUGUCGUUUUAAUCAUGCUGAUUUGUCACAAGUACAAAAAGCAAUUUAGGUACGAAAGCCAGCUGCAAAUGGUACAGGUGACCGGCUCAUUGGAUAACGAGUAUUUCUACAUUGAUUUCCGAGAAUAUGAAUACGAUCUCAAAUGGGAGUUCCCAAGAGAAAAUUUAGAGUUUGGAAAGGUCCUGGGAUCAGGGGCUUUUGGAAAAGUAAUGAAUGCAACAGCCUAUGGAAUUAGUAAAACAGGAGUCUCAAUCCAGGUGGCCGUGAAAAUGCUAAAAGAAAAAGCAGACAGCUCUGAAAGAGAGGCACUCAUGUCAGAGCUCAAGAUGAUGACUCACCUGGGCCACCAUGAGAAUAUCGUGAACCUGUUGGGAGCCUGCACACUUUCAGGACCAGUCUACCUGAUUUUUGAAUACUGUUGCUAUGGUGACCUUCUCAAUUAUUUAAGAAGUAAAAGAGAAAAAUUUCACAGGACAUGGACAGAGAUUUUCAAGGAACAUAAUUUCAGUUUUUACCCCACUUUUCAGUCACAUCCAAGUUCCAGUAUGCCUGGUUCAAGAGAAGUUCAAAUACACCAGGACUCGGAUCAAAUAUCUGGGUUCAAUGGAAAUUCAACUCAUUCUGAAGAUGAAGUUGAAUAUGAAAACCAGAAAAGACUGGAAGAAGAGGAGGACCUGAAUGUGCUUACCUUUGAAGAUCUUCUUUGCUUUGCAUAUCAAGUUGCCAAAGGAAUGGAAUUUCUGGAAUUUAAGUCGUGUGUUCACAGGGACCUGGCAGCCCGGAAUGUGCUUGUCACCCAUGGGAAGGUGGUGAAGAUCUGUGAUUUCGGGUUGGCUCGAGAUAUCCUGAGUGAUUCCAACUACGUUGUCAGGGGCAAUGCUCGUCUGCCUGUGAAAUGGAUGGCUCCUGAGAGCUUAUUUGAAGGGAUCUACACAAUUAAGAGUGAUGUCUGGUCAUACGGAAUAUUGCUCUGGGAGAUAUUCUCACUUGGUGUGAAUCCUUAUCCUGGCAUUCCAGUUGAUGCUAACUUCUAUAAACUCAUUCAGAGUGGAUUUAAAAUGGACCAGCCAUUUUAUGCUACAGAAGAAAUAUACUUCAUAAUGCAAUCCUGCUGGGCUUUUGACUCAAGGAAAAGACCAUCUUUCCCUAAUCUAACUUCAUUUUUAGGAUGUCAGCUGGCAGAUGCGGAAGAGGCGAUGUAUGAGAAUGUGGAUGGCCAUACCUUGGAGCGUCCUGCCAUCUACCAAAACAGGAGACCUUUCAGCAGAGAGACCGACCCAGAGCUACCCUCUCCACAAGCUCAGGAUGAAGAUUCCUGAGAAACUGAGUUACAGGACGUCACCCCCUAAACCACCUUAAAACCACCUUAAACAAGCUGUAGAUUACCAAAACUGGAUUCAUUCCAUCACUAAGAGAAAAUAUGUUAUCUAUUGCUGCUUUGCCGGACUUUUCUCUAGAAGCUGUCUGCCAUUACUCUUAUUUCCAAAGGGCCUUUUGUAAUAUCAAACCAAGGCAGGAAGAGCCAACAACAAACUUUCUUCGUGCACCUGCCCACACCCAAAGGCCGUCUCAGGCUGGCUUGACUGAAAAUCGCGAACCAGAGAAGGAGAGAAUAUUCCUGUAAAUACAUAAAACAGAAGUGUUUUGCUAAGGAGAAGCUAAUAUGAUUUUUUUUAAUCGACGUUUUAAAAUAAUAUGUAACUUUUUUCAGCUAUUUAGUGAUAUAUUUUAUG